AAAAGCGUGGUUUCGCCGGCAGCUGAUUGUUAUUAUUUUUAUCAGUUCUACAAUUGAACAGCUCAGGAAGAGCUCCCGAAAAUGUUCAAGUUUAACUUCGAAGUGGAGCCUGAGUCCCCUUCCGACCCAGAGGCCGUUAAAAGUCCUUUUGUUGACAAACAAGAAGGUGACACCGAGGAAUCCCAGGCGACAGACAUCAAAGUUAUAGAAUGGUACCACGCAGAGAGAGUAAAACCUAUAGACAACUUGAUAUCCAUACUCGACUUCUACGAACUAAAUGCCAAAGAAAGAGAGGUGGGUAAAACCAAGAUACGACACCUUGUGGCAGGCUUUCUCCUGGAGGACAUAAAAGCCCAAACUCAUCUGGACAUUAAGAAAGCGGAGGAAAACCAUUCGGAUCUAAUUGCCGGGGUCUACGAGGGCGGUGCUAAAAUCUGGGAGUGCACGGACGACCUACUACUGUACCUAUCUGAGAAAUAUGAAGACAACUCCUUUUGGAAAGGCAAACGAGUGCUGGACUUGGGCUGUGGCUCCGGAUUGCUGGGCAUCUAUGCCAUAAAAAUGGGUGCUCAAGUCGAUUUUCAGGACUAUAACAAAGAUGUCUUGGAAUACAUUACCUAUCCAAAUAUACUGCUCAAUGCCGAUGAAAGUCUAUCUGACGACGAGAAGUUGGAGUUUUUGGAAAACCAAACUUGUUUAUAUGCUGGCGACUGGUCUCAUUUUUCACUUCUCACCAAGGACCUGGAUAAAUAUGACCUAAUACUGACCUCGGAAACCAUCUACAAUAUAGACAACCAGAAGAAGUUGUUGGAAACCUUUGCUGGUCGACUCAAACCGGAUGGAAUCGUUCUAGUCGCUGCAAAAUCUCAUUAUUUUGGCGUUGGUGGCGGUCUGGAACAGUUUACGCACAAAAUCAAGAUGGAAAAGGUUUUUCAAACAGAAAAUGUGUGGCAGGCAGAGGAAAACUUAAAAAGAGGGAUUCUGCAGUUAAAGUUUAAAGAAAGCUAGCGUUAAUUAAUAUUUAUCGAAUGAAACUCGUUAGUUUUUAUACCCCUGUCGGGUACUAUGAUUUUGUUUCAGCAGACGUAGUUAUAAUAAUAACAUUUUGACCAAAACUUUACAAUUCAAAUCGAAUUACAAACUGGCUUUUGAUAAAUAAAGUCAUCGUAAUUCUUAUGGGCUAUCGGA